GGGCGUAGAGUGGCCCCAUCAUUAGAAUAUUUCUCCAAUGCGAGAUCGGAACGGAAUUUAGGCUAGUUUUGUUAUCGAUACGGGGAUAUAUGGCGAUUUAUAACCAAAUACCUAGUCACUAUUCUGUGAAUCAUUUUAUGCGAUGGGGUUGUAGAGAUACUUACUAAAGUAGUAUCUUGGAACCUUACCUGUGGGACAUGGCCUAAUUGCUCCAAGAGAAGUUCAAUAGAAGUUCCCCUCGAUAUCUACCUUCUACUACCUCUACCUUGGCCGAUCAAACGUUAAACCAGUAAACCAACAAACUCCCCUUCGUUUUUCGUCGCAUUCUCCUCAGUUCCCACGAAGAUCGGCCACGUUCAAUAUGGCUCUCCGACAUCCUACUCGGCAUUUCGCAUCCUCUACAUUAGUUCUCCGACUUCCUACUCGACCUUUCGCAUCCUCUACAGCUCGAUAUAUCUCGACGACAUCGCCUAAUCAUGUUCAAGGGUCUAAAUCGCGCGAAACAACUUUACCAAAUCCCGAUCCGUCUGGUGACGAACCCUACUCAACUAUGCUAAAAUUCCAUUCCAACUUUAUGCUGGCAACAUAUGACAGGGCGCCCCCGCUAUUUCUGAAAGGGAAGGGUUCGUAUUUGUGGGAUGUAGAAAACCGAAAAUACCUGGAUUUCACCUCCGGUAUUGGCGUUAAUGCGCUCGGCCAUUGCGAUCCAGGCUCGGUGGAGGCCAUCUCAGGUCAGGCAAAAACGCUAUGGCACACGUCUAACCUAUACUACAACCCAUGGAUUGCAUCACUUUCCCACCUUCUUAUCGAGAAGACCCGCGCAUCGGGUGCCAUGCACGAUGCUGCCACGGUAUUCCUCUGCAAUUCCGGUUCCGAGGCGAACGAGGCAGCAAUCAAGCUUUCCAGGAAGGUUGGCAAAGUUCUGGAUCCUACUGGCGCCAAGCACGAAUUCGUCUCCUUUUACAACUCGUUCCACGGACGGACCAUGGGAAGUCUGUCCGCAACGCCGAAUCCCAAAUACCAGGAACCCUUUGCGCCGAUGCUGCCUGGCUUUAGAUAUGGGACAUUCAACGACAUCGCCGCUGUCAAUGACCUUGUGACAGAAAAGACGUGUGGUGUAAUAAUUGAGCCUAUUCAGGGAGAGGGUGGCAUCAACGUUGCCAGCGAUCAGUUUCUCGUCGCCCUAGCGAAGCGGUGCCGCGAAAUGGGUGCCGUUCUCAUUUACGAUGAGAUUCAGUGCGGCUUAUCGAGGACCGGCACGCUCUGGGCCCAUAGUCACCUGCCCAAGGAGGCACACCCAGACAUAUUCACGUCGGCGAAGGCGCUUGGCAACGGCUUUCCCGUCGGUGCUACUAUAGCCAACCGUCAUGUCAGCGAAAAGAUUAAGAUUGGCGAUCACGGGACGACCUUUGGCGGUAAUCCGAUGGCAUCCCGUAUUGCGCACUACGUAGUCUCCCAGCUCUCAAAUCCCAACUUGCAGCAGGGUGUUCUUUCCAAAUCGAAAAUCUUCGUGGAGAGAUUCGAGCGCAUGCGAGAACGAUACCCCCGCCUUAUAACUGAGAUUCGCGGGAAGGGUCUAAUCCUUGGCGUACAAUUGACCCGAGAUCCAUUGCCAAUAGUGAAAGCCGCCCGAGAGAGAGGACUGUUGAUAAUCACAUGUGGUACGAAUACGCUCCGAUUCCUCCCGCCGCUCACAGUCAGCCAGGAAGAAAUCGAAAGCGGAUUGGAUAUCCUAGAGGAGGCUAUCCAGGCGACUCGGCGUUGAGAGUUAUCGAAAAAGGAUUUUGGUUAUCAAACAAUAAAAUCGCCUGUAUACAGUGGGCAGUAUAUGAGCGGCAUCUAGGUAUGUUUUUGAAGUACCCCUAAAGUCACAAUCCACUGCUUCAGAAUCUCGAUGUGUAGGAUCUCUAGGUGCUUACGUAGGUGCCCAAAGGUAAUGGAGUAGGUAGUCGCGGCAACUAGUAACGAGGUAGUGUUGAUGAAGAGGAAUAACAAUAAUUUUCAAUGAAGACGAUAACGUACUGGCUUUGGAAGCGCGGAUUUUAUCACUAUGCGCUGAAAUUAC